AAAAUUUCCCAGAAAUUUUAGAUUUAGUAGUACGAGGGAGCUGUGACUUCUAGAAAUUCGAAAUAUGUUGAUGAUGAAGGCUAAGACAGAGAUCCUCAGGAAGCUUAAUGACUGGGACACUGCAUCCAAACCGAAUGCUUCACAUGAAUCAAAUAUUGUAGAAAAGGAGAUGAGUGAGAAGCAACAAGGAAAUGGAACAGAUGCAGAAAAUGGUGGGAAUGAAGACACAAAUAAAUCAGCAGACGUUAUGGAUGUUAAGACUAGAAUUCAUCCAAAAAAGUUUUCCUCUGCUGUGUCUGAUGCUGACAGUACCACUGAGGAUGCUGACCCUAUCAUGGAGGAAGCUGAUCUGAUGUCAAUGAGUGUUCCAGAUCCUGAUUUUCAUGAUUUUGACAACGAUCACACAGAGAAAUCAUUUGGCGAUAACCAGGUUUGGGCUGCAUAUGAUAAUGAUGAUGGCUUGUCACGUUAUUAUGAAAUGAUUCACGGUGUCAUGUCAUUGAAACCACUCAAGAUGCGGAUAAGCUGGCUUAAUUCAAAAAAAAGGGGGCUAUUCAAAUAUGAUAUGUUGGAGGUACUUGAAGAUUACAAUGAGCAAAGUGGUGCUGUUGUUGUUGUUCCACUGGUAAAAGUAGCUGGAUUCAAAACAAUGUUUCGGCAACACCCAGAGCCAUGUCCUAACGCUACCGAGGGUUGCUUGGAGCUUGAUCCUGCAGCUAGGCGAUUACAACUUCUGAAGGUAUUAACUGAAGCUCAGGUGAAAGAAAUGGGGGUCACCAGCAACUUGGAAAGAUCAGAGAAGAGAGAGCAGGUGGAAAUUGGAAAGCCGUUGAAGUUGAAACCAGAUAUUAUUACUGAAAGUAUUGGAAAAUCAGUUGGGACAGAAGUGGAGGAGAGAAAGGAAAUAAAAAUGCCCCAGAUGAUUGUGUACAGACACAAAAGAAAUUGGCCAAAUUUUGUUUUAAUUUCUGUUGGCAGGAUGCUCUCAGGAUACAAUAACCUGAAAAACAUGUUCAAGGAAGGCCGUGGAAGCUUCUAUAGAGGAGGCUGUGGUAACAAGCGAGGCGGUCGUGGUUCUUGUGGCUCAUUCUCCAAUUUUGAUCGUGGGUUCUAUCCUGGGGCACUCACUAAUCCAAGGCGUGGCUCCCCAUCUUUUCUCAAUACUGCUGGGCAUCCUUCCUCAUCGCAGCACUCAUCUUAUGGCCAGCAUUCAUCCCAUUUCCGUGGCAGUAGUUUACCACCAUUAUUGCCGAAUCCGCCCAUGUCUGCUUGUCAACUUUGUGAUCAAUUGACUCAUAAGGCUCGUGACUGCCCUCUGUUAAUUGGCACAAAUAUUGCCUCAUUGUCCUCUGCUCCGGCAGCACUCACAGCCACAACAUUCCCUACCGCUCCGGACAGCAAAUGGUAUAUUGACUCUGGUGCUAAUACCCAUGUCUCUAGUGCCCUUGGUAAUCUUUCCCACUCCUCUCCUUACUCCGGUUCAGAGUUUAUUCAGGUUGGCAAUGGUCAAUUACUUGCUGUCACUCAUUUUGGUAAUACAGUGUUGUCAUUGUAUAGUCAUUCCUUUAAACUUAAUAAUGUGCUUGUCUCUCCGCAUCUUUAUAAGAAUUUAGUUUCUGUUCGUCAGUUUACUAAAGACAACAAUUGUAGUGUUGAAUUUGACUCUUCUGGUUUUUCUGUUAAGGAUAUCCACUCGAAGAACGUCUUGCUUCGUUGCAAUAGUGCGAAGGGACUUUAUUCCGUGUCUAGCUCGUCUCAAAGUCAUCCUACCGUCUUUACUACUGCAGUUGUGUCUCCUGAUGUUUGGCAUCUUCGUCUUGGUCACCCAAGUUCAGACUCUGUUACUCAAUUGGUUCGUCGUGGUUUAAUUUUGUCCAACAAUAAAGUUUCUAGUUCAAUUUCUUAUCAUGCUUGUCAACUAGGGAAGCAUACUCGACUUUCAUUUAGUGACUCCUUUUCAACUACUUCAGUGCCAUUUGAGUUAAUUCAUUCUGAUGUUUGGACUUCUCUUGUUGUGUCUUUUACGGGUAUUCGUUAUUAUCUUUUGUUCUUGGAUGAUUAUAGUCACUAUUUAUGGGUUUAUCCUUUACAAUCAAAAUCUCAAGUGUUUCAAGCUUUCCUUAGAUUUUCUGCUUAUGUUUCUACUCAGUUUGGUGCCCGGAUUAAGGCUUUUCAAUGUGAUAAUGGCCGUGAAUAUGGUAAUGCAGAGUUUGCUACUCAUUUUCAAAACAAUGGUAUUCAUCUUCGCUCUUCUUGUCCCUCGACUCCCCAACAAAAUGGGAAAGCCGAGCGGAUGAAUCGAACAAUCAUAAAUAUGGUUCGAUCUUUACUUUUUCAAGCAAACUUGCCUAGUGAAUUUUGGGUGGAAGCUCUUUAUGUAGCUGUUCACUUAAUCAAUAUUUUACCUUACUCUAGGCUACAUUUUUCAACUCCUCAUGAGGCUUUAUUUGGCACAGUGCCAUCUUAUGAUCAUUUACGACCUUUUGGUUGUGCUUGUUAUCCUAACUUGUCUACCACUGCAGCUCACAAAUUGGCACCCCGUUCCUCUUUAUGCAUCUUUUUGGGGUAUCCUAGUCACCAUAAAGGGUAUCGAUGCCUUGACUUCAAAACCCAGAAAAUUAUUUUAUCUAGACAUGUUACCUUUAAUGAAACUGAAUUUCCCUACUCACCUUCUAUGCCAUCUCAUUCUCCCUCAUUUUUCCGGGCUCCUUUCCAUUUAUUAGACAGCCAAUUCACUCCGCCCCAUACCUGCACUAAUUCCCCUAGCCCAGCCAUGCCUUCCACUGGCCCAUCUUCCCCCGGCCCACCUUUUCUUGGCCUAACUUCACACCCACUUACCGCACCCACCUGCCCCACCACUAUCACACCCACCAGCCUUCUCUCGAUCUCUGCCUCCAUCGUGCCUUGCUCUGUGCCAUUGCCAGCAACCUCUUUGUCCCCACUUCCUCCAGAUCUGCGGUCAUCAUCACCAGUCUGCGAUGCUGCGUCCCCUGCUUCCGCCCAAUCUGCGUCUGGGCCUGAUGCUUCUCUCUCCACUACUUCGAUUGGUGAUUGUUCUGUGACUACUGAUGGCUCUGUUCCUGCUUUUGCUCCUGCUCCUGCCCCUGCAUCGUCUUCUUCGGUUUCUUCUUCUUCUUCGGCUGAUGCUCCUCGAUGCACUCACAAUAUGGUGACUCAUUCACAAGUGGGUGUUCAGAAGCCAAAGAUCUUACUGUCUAUGAUUCAUACUUCUACUGAUUUGCAGGAACCCAGGACUUUUAAGCAAGCUUACAAUCUUCCAAAGUGGCAACGGGCUAUGCGGGAGGAAUUUUUGGCUCUACAGCGCAAUCAAACUUGGGUUUUGGUAUCUCCUCCAUCCGGUGCUAACAUUGUGGGAUCGAAAUGGGUUUAUCGUAUUAAACAGCGAGUUGAUGGUAGUAUUGAGCGUUAUAAGGGUCGACUUGUGGCGCAAGGGUAUACACAACAACCUGGGAUCGAUUAUGAUGAGACUUUUAGUUCGGUGGUCAAACCUGUUACCAUUCGAACAGUUCUUACACUUGCCCUUUCCAAGUCUUGGCCGAUUCAUCAACUUGAUGUGAAGAAUGCCUUUCUCAAUGGACAUUUAUCUGAGCCUGUUUAUAUGUCUCAACCACCUAGGUUUGUGGAUCCACAGUAUCCAGAUCGUGUUUGCCUUCUCCAACGUGCUCUUUAUGGUCUGAAACAGGCUCCUCGUGCAUGGUUUCAGAGGUUUGCCGCUUUUCUUUCUUCUUGUGGUUUUAUUCAGGCCUAUUCUGAUUGUUCUAUGUUUUUAUAUCGCUCAAAUGGUAUGCUGGCUGUCCUGCUCUUGUAUGUUGAUGAUAUCAUUCUCACUGCUUCCACACAGUCUUUUUUACAUCGGAUCAUCUCUUCAUUGAAGCGGGAAAUUUUUAUGACAGAUUUGGGUGUUAUUAAUUAUUUUUUGGGUAUUAUAGCCUCUUUUAACCCUGAUGGUCUUUUUCUCUGUCAAACUAAGUAUAUAUUUGAUUUGUUGGCUCGCACUGGCAUGUCUGACUGUGAUGCUGCUGCUACUCCUAUGUCCCCAAGGCAAAAAUUGGCUACUUCUGAUAGUCCUCCUUCUUUGGAUUCCACUCAGUAUCGUAGUAUAGUUGGUGCUUUACAAUACCUGACCUUUACUCGUCCUGAUAUUGCUUUUGCGGUUCAUCAAGUUUGCCAGUAUAUGCAUGCUCCGACUCAAAAUCAUUUUCAGGCAGUGAAACGGAUACUUCAAUAUUUGAAGGGUACUGCUCAUUAUGGUCUCCAGCUAUUCAAGGAAUUUUCUCCUUCUUUGCAUAUUUAUACUGAUGCUGAUUGGGCUGGUUGUUUGGAAAGUCGGCGCUCUACUUCAGGCUACUGUUUGUUUUUUGGCAAAUCCCUCAUCUCUUGGUCUUCUAAAAAGCAGAAUACUGUUGCUCGAUCUAGUGCUGAGGCUGAGUAUUGUGCUAUGGCUAAUGCCGUUGCUGAGGUUGUUUGGGUUCGGCAAUUAUUAGCUGAGUUACACGUCUUUCUCUCUUCUGCUCCCAUUGUGCUUUGUGAUAAUAUCAGUGCUCUCUACUUGGCUCUCAAUCCUAUACAGCAUCAGCGAACAAAACACAUCGAGAUUGAUAUUCAUUUUGUUCGAGAACGGGUUGCUUCUCGUGCCAUCCUUUUGCAGCAUGUCCCCUCCUUUUUACAGCGUGCUAAUAUUCUUACUAAGGCUUUAUCAUCAACUACUUUCUGUUCUCAACAGUCCAAUUUGUGCGUGCUUCAUCAGCCUGCUCCAAUUGUGGGGGGAUGACAGUAUAAUAUUAUAUUUGAGGGCAUUUAUGUAAUUUAUGCGGUGCUGUAUAUACAUAUAAAUAUGUAACCCUAAUUCUGUAUUGGAAUGAGAAGCAUUAUUCACUGUUUCAAAAUUGUACACUGUUUAAAAAAAAAA